AUGAAGAAAGGCGGAGCCAGCAGCGCCGCCGCGAUGACGGCGGCCGGCGACGCGAAAGAGCAGCACGAGGGAGAGGCCAGGCCUCCGAAACAGUACACGGCGGCGCAUUCGGCUUGUAGCUGGGCGCUGCUCGCGGAGGCGAGGCGGUACAACGCCAUGGAGGAGGAGGACGUGGUGGAUGAGUACCGGCGGGCAGGCAAACUCCACACCUACGACCAGGACAAGGAGUGGAAGAAGCGAUUUGCGAGGGUCGUGAAACUCAACCCGUGCCCGUGGCCCAAUCACAUGGUUGCUCGGAUCGAGGAAUACAUGUAUUGCCUCGAAGAGGACGAUGACGAAUUUAGAAUAGGGCUUUUUUCAUUAAUCGGCGAAGAAAUUAGGGGUUAA